ACAUAUGUGGCUUAUUUUUCAUCCUUAAAUUCAUGUUCUGGUAUUGUAAAAUAAUUGCUCAACUUGCCUUUGGUAUUAUGCCCCAUUUCGAAAGUUAUCUUCGAGAAGAAAUAAUUUCAAUAUGCAGAUGAUAUUUAAUUGUGAACACUAGCUAAAAAAAAUUACAUCAAAGUCGAAUAUAAGACAGAAAUCAGAUGAAUCACUUUUUUUACCUUCAUAUCACUAAAAGGGAAAAAUGAAAAAGAGGCAGGUAGAUGUAAUUCCCACAAAAACCGUGAUAAAAGAUACCACGGGCCCUCAAGUUGGAGAAAGAUAAUGAUGCCUAUCUCCAAGCAGACCCCUCCACUUCGCCUAGACACAACCUGCCAACCGCACAUAAAUUGAACAUUAACGCCAAUUAAAAUGACAUCAAGCUGACAAACGCAUUUAAAUUUAACCCAAGUAUCUUUGCACACGAUGAAAAAUGCACUUAACAGCUAUAGCCGAAGCGUGGCAUGUGUCUUGAAUCUUAUUUCAAGCUGAACAAAAUAAUGAUUUUUAUUCAAGAUGGCCAAGACUGAGCUAACGUCACGAGUUGCCUUGUCUGUUAUCAUCUGGGCGUGUUUGGCAGUGCCAGGGGCACUAGGCGAGCUGUGCAGUGAGCUCAACUGUAUGCCACCCCAUUGCAGAUGUCCCAGCACCCAAGCGCCGUUCUCACUGCCGCCUGGUGACAUUCCACAGCUAGUCGUGUUUUCGUUCGACGGCCCCGUGACGCCGAAAUAUGUUGACUUUUAUCAACGCUUGUUUCCUGGGGACCUGGUUAAUCCAAACAAUUGCUCCGCUGGGGUUACUCUUUUCGUGUCUAACGCUGGGGAGGAGGGUCGUAUCCGUACAGACUAUGCCAGCGUCCAGAAGCUCUAUCGCCUUGGUUACGAAAUUGGCGUAAAUAGCAUGAGUAUGAAACGCCCAGAAAUGUUCUGGAAUGACGCUACAUAUGAGGAAUAUGUCAAAGAAAUGGUUGGACAGAGGUAUCUUUUAAGUCUAAAAGCCAGGAUUCCGCCCGGUGAAAUUCGCGGUUUGCGAGUGCCGUAUCUUCAACCUGGAGGUAAUAAUCAGUUUCGCAUGAUGGCGGACAAAAAAUUCAUGUACGAUUCGUCACUCGUGACGGGCCCAGUAACUGAAGACGCCACGGCAAACCAGCCAGCUGUGUUCCCCUAUACACUGGACGUACCGCCGGAGAAAUACCUUUGCGAUAUUGCACCAGGAAAUUGCCCCACCGAUCCAUUUCCUGGAAUCUGGGAAUUCCCGCUGAACCGUUUGUUUUCAACGCAUGGGACACCGUGCGCUGUAGCAGACGACUGUCAGACAUAUCCCGCGGACGACACUUUCAGGUACCUGAUGAAGAACUUUUUGAGGCAUUACAAUGGGCAGAGAGCGCCCUUGGGCCUUUUCAUUCGACCGACAUGGUUUGAGAAGAAAAACUACACACUAGCUGGAGUUGGCGCGUUCUUAAAAAACAUCACGGCUAGAAGAGAUGUCUGGGUAGUUACCAUGGCACAGGCCAUCGAAUGGAUGAAAGCGCCAAAGAGUAAUUCCCAGCUUUUAAUGGCGUCAGGAGAUUGUAAUGUAAAUCCUCCACUUUUAGCAAAUAAUGCGACUUUGGAUAUCAUAGAUCUUUACGAUCCUGAGGACACAUCAUCCACAUCAACCACGCCCACCACGGCUAAACAAGGAAAAACUACGGCGAGUUCUCCUGCACAUGGAGGUCGACAAAUUGACAGCAGAAACCGUGCAAAUUCAGAAAUGUUUUAUUUCAAGCUACUGGCUUUCAUCUGUAGUCUAUUAGUUUACCAUUUAAUCUUAUAAACGUUGAUAUAUAUGCUGGAAGUGACAAACGAAUUAUCACCGAGCAUCACAACUCGUAUGAAACAAUGUGUUAUAGUGAGAAAUGACGACAGCAGUUUGGAGCUUUCGAACGUUUAUUCACCGACUCUUGCUUCUUACAAUUUCAC